UGACGAUGAUGUUUCGUCUCAAAGCCAAAAUAUUUUCAUAUUUAAUGUAAAUUAGUCAAUGUUUCUAUCUUUUACUCUCAGUGACCAACCUCAUGCUGUGGAGAUCUUAAUAUCUCGGGGAAGUGAGGUGAAUCCUCGAGAUAAAUAUGGUCAAACACCGCUGCACUUGGCCUGUUAUAAUGGAUACUUGCACACUGUCGAGCUGUUGUUGGGUCACAAUGGCAUCGAUGCCAAUGUUUUGAACAACAAAUGUGACACACCACUGCAUGUGGCAGUUCAGAAGCGAAACAAUGAAUUGGUGUCUCUCUUGCUGAACCAGGGUUCUGUUCAGUUGGAUAUUCAAAACAAUCAGAAAAGGACACCCAUUGCUUGAAGCCGUUUCCCGGGGUCACCUCGGAAUGACACACAAGCUUAUAGCCCUGGGUGCAACAUAAAUGCUGUUGAUGGUGAAGGUAACAGUUGUUUGCACCUGGCCGUGAAAACAGAAAAGUUUAAUUCCGAGGAGCACCCUUGGAUUUACUAACGAAUGCUGUACUGCCCUUAACCUGAAAAAGAAGGAAAUGCUCUCUGGUGUAGUGGUUGCGAGAUAUCUCGCCAGCCAGGGAGCGGACUUUCACCAUAAAAACAACAACAAUAACACACCAUUGGACCUCA